AUGGCCCCAGUGAGACAGCCUUACUCCGUCGGUGCAGGUAUCACCCUCUUACUACCCCGGAGGACGGAUACAUGCCUCGAGGCAUGGGUGCCGGGUAGAGAGGACCUGGCCGCAUCUGCUGGCCGAACCCUGGACCCCAUUGCGGGACCUUGCCCUGCGGCACUUCUGCCGCCAGGUUCGAAGGCGACACCGACGGAACUCCGCAAGCAGGAGAGACUGAUCCCUCCUCCUCAAACCCCCGGAUCAGUUCCUCCUGCUUCUCGCAGAGAGCCCGACGUGCAUGGCGCCGCCUCUUCGCCUGGCUUGGGCGAGGCUUGCGCUUCGAUCCUUAGAAAGUGUGAAGAGGUCUUCGGCAGCUUUGACGAUGACCUCCGACCCGGUGCUCACGUCGAGCAACCGUUGGAGUUCCUGGCGGCGAACAGCCUUGGCCACCUCUUGGGCGAGGUGCAUGGUCCGGAACUCCCACGGCGCGACGAUCACAACGAAGCCGGUGCGGGCAUCGACGAGAGACUCGAAGAAGAUCCCGUUCGCUUCCUUCAUCGGACCCGCGGCCAGGUAACCCAUCUCCUCGUACAGAGACAGACACCGGCCCUCCACAAGGCGAACCUUGGGCUGGUCCUCCGUAUACCUCAGGGACUUCCAGGUCUUCGUAACACGAGCCUGCAGUGCGUAAGCAUCGUGAGAGGAGACGAUGUCCGCAAAGACCAAACCGAAGAAGAGGAGCGAGAAGAGCACGUCGCAGGUUGUCUCGAGGCAGGACGUGGGCGAGUACGAGGCCCAGCGAGGAGUCUCCUCCCACAGUGGCAGCCGGAGAUCCGGGUAUCCAGUCCAAACUUGCGUGGGCAGCAUGGGCGAAGAUGCCUUGAAGGCCUCGUCCCAAAUGGUCAGCCGGAGAUCCAGGUUGACCGUUGUCCGAUUCGAGAUGUCUACGUGGUUCCAUUCCACGACCAGGACAUCGUGGCGGACGUACACGCCCUCGUGCCCAGGGUUGGUGUACCUGGAGAUAUCCUCCAGCAUGCCAUAGACUAUCUUGCCGCCUGCGACGGCCUCCAAAGCCCCAGCGAUCCUCUUCAUGAAAGGCUCAUUAGGGUCUGA